ACCUUUCCUCCAUCGAACAUGUAUGAAACAUGAUCAGAAGAAGGUUGCAAAAUUCACCGCACCCUCCACAAACAUCGGAUGCUCUAUGAAACCAAAGGCAGAUGGCCUGGGAUACAAUACACCAAGAAGACACCAAUCAUCUAAUCCAGUCAAUGCCGCGACGACUUAUCGAUUGUGUAGCGGACAGAGGAGCUUCAACACAUUAUUAACUUUAAGGUACUCCACUAAGUGCAUAAAAGGGUCAAUUUGCGUAGAGAAAAAUGGGUGGUUUUGAAAGGUAAGAACGUAAUCGUAUUCCAAAACUCUUGAUACCACAAUAUCAACCUCUUCAUGUGGAC